AUGAAUGAAGAUCAUAAUUUUCCUCGAAGCCCUUUAAUGAGUAGUAGCAGUAGUAGUUCAUAUGGAAAAUUCUCACCUGAACCUGUCAGCUUCUCUUCUUCAGAUGCUUCUUCUCCUGCCUUCACAAAUAAAGGGAAGGCAUCAACUGGGAGGAAUCACCGUAAGAAGUUUGAAAGAAAGGCUAACAGUUUAGCUUUCAGAAUCCGCGAACACGUUAGAUUGGGGCCUAAAUUAUCUGAAACUGUAAAGGGGAAGCUGAGUGUAGGGGCCAGAAUAAUAAAGAAAGGAGGCAGACCAAAUAUAUUUAGAGAAAUAUUUGGUGUUAGUGAGGAAGAGAAGGUGUUGAAGGCAUCUCAGUGCUAUUUAUCAACCACAGCUGGUCCAAUUGCUGGAAUACUUUUCAUUUCCACAGAAAAAAUUGCGUUUUGCAGUGAAAGGUCCAUUACUCUUCACUUGUCUACUGGAAGCCUUUUCAGGACUCCGUACAAGCUUUCUGUCCCAGUGAAUAAGAUAAAAAGAGCAUACGAAAGUGAGAAUAUCGACAAUCCAGCACAGAAGUACAUAGAAAUAGUGACGGAAGACGGUUUUGAAUUUUGGUUUAUGGGAUUUGUAAGGUAUGAAAAAGCCUUUAUGAACAUACAGAAGGCAAUUUCUUUGUCCCAAUAG